AUGGCCAAGACUCUCGUCCUGGAAGUGGGCGGCGGCAGCACAGGCGGAGACGCCAGCAGCCAACGCAGCGGCGGCGGCGGCGAAGGCGGGGAGGCGCCGCCGCCUGCUAGCACGGUUAUCGGCUAUGCUUCGCUGUCCGUCACGCAGCCCGCCGCGCUGCUGCCGCCCCCCUUCCCCUCAUCCGCGCCCCACGGCCUCUACCUAGACGCGCUCGCCGUCGACCCCUCGCGCCGCCGCGCGGGCGCCGGCCGCGCGCUGCUCCGCGCGUGCUGCGACGUCGGGCGCAGGUGGGGCGCGCGCGGGCUGUGGCUGCGGGCGCGGUGCGGCAACUACGCCGCGCUCGCGCUGUAUCGGUCGGAGGGGUUCAGGACGGUGGCGGUCGUGGGCCCGCCGUGGCGGAGGGAGAACCUCAUGCGAAAGGAGCUGCCCGCGCGGCGCCGCGCCGGACCGCCGUCGGCAGCGACGGCGGCAGCGGCGGCGCCGGCGGCGGCUGGGGGGCCCGCGUCGAGGCGGGCGGGGGACGGCGGGGCGGCGCGCGGCGAGGGUUCGGCCGUGGCGCGGCGGAGCCGGGUGUACGUGUGGGGCGCUCAGGAGGAGGAAUGA